AUGGCAUCUAUCCCGACCCCUGCCCACUGCGUCGCCGAUUUCUGUCUGGUCCCUAUCGGCACCUCUUCACCCUCAGUCGCUGACCAAGUCGCUGACGUCCAGCGGCUGAUUGAAACAUGCGGCUUGAAGUAUGUCAUGCAUUCCGCAGGCACCACUGUCGAAGGAUCUUGGGACCGGGUUCAUCAGGUUAUCGGACAGGCACAUACCAUUCUUCAUCAGAAAGGCAUUGUUCGGAUCCAUACUGAUAUCCGUGUUGGGUCGAGGACUGAUAAAGUGCAGUCCUUUGAGGAUAAGGUGACCAAGGUGCAUAAGUUAUUGGGAAAAGACUAG